AAUAUUCAUUAGUUCGGGAUUUGUCCAUUCUUUAUUUCUACAGCAAAAUAUGUAGUAUACGUUGAUCGGAUGGCAAUACUGUAGAUAUCAUUUUUCCGAUACAAUAUUGUUGGUGUUGAUUAUCCAGUCCUAACUCAUUUAGCAUUUCUACGAAUGUAUGGCAUUCUUUGUCAAACACCCUUAGCGAACUGACAGAAAGAUUUAUGAAUUUAACAGAUGUAAAGGUUUGAUCCAGUUCUCUAAUUAGGUUCUUAUAUUUAGCUUUCUUGCGGUUAACAUUGUUUGUGAGGUACUGGCUGCAUGUUAUAAGUAUAAAAUUGAUGUAAGAACAAUGGAUAAAAUACGUUAAUUACAAGAUGCAUUUUUGUUUUUUCGCCUUUAGUGGUUUCAGUGAUCGACAACAAUUAACAGAUAGAAUGGAGGAUGUUUUGAUAUCAAUUCAAAGAAAUGGUGUUGCACUCAAAGGUAAGACAAAGUGCAUGAUAAAGAAAUAUAUAUAAUACUAUACAAGAAAAUCACUCACUUCUGAUUGGCCGAGCAGUGCAAUUUUAUCCUAAUAUACAUACAGUGUGGCAAGCGCCAAAACAAAAGACACUUUGAUUUAAGUUUUGAAUUCUUGUAAAAUCUUGUUGUUUCAUUCUGAAAUAAUUGAGUAAAAUUUAAGUAGCUUUAUGCAUGCAUUCUGCAUAUUUUUUAUGUAUACUAUUAAGUAAUAGUAGUGGUUUCUCGUUCAAUUUGGAAAAACAAACACUCGUGAGUUUUUCAAAGACUUGCAAUUUUGAUCGUCUUUGAAAAACUCACUCGUUUUCCAAAUUACACUCGAAAUCAUACUAUUACCUAUAGAAAUACAUCAAUGAUUGUAUAGCCGUGUUCACAAGUCUGUAUACGCCUGGCGCCCCGCUGGCCUUUGCCAUGCAGGUUGUUAUUUCACUGAUUUACUGACAAAUGUAAUCUGCAAAUCAGCGUUAGCCAAGUUGCCUAUACUAGGUUUUGUUUUUCUUAUUUUAUACAUACCUAUGCUGCAGCAGCAAAAGUCAAGUUUCUCACUCAUGCACUGAUCGAUUAUUACUCGCUGGGGCACCUGUGCCCCAGACGAGUAUAGGUUUCGGCAUGCAUUUGUCACGGAUCACGGAUAGUGGAUCUCCAAUCGUCGAUAGCCACAAAAUAGAAUAUUAAUGAGCUGCUUGAUCCUUUUCAAAAUGGCGGGGCCUUUCGUGGAGUGGGCAAAAUGUUUCAAACAAUUUCGGGCCCCAUUUCGUGAAAAUUUUGAACAAAUUGUACCUGUUUUCUAUGGAUUUUGCAUUGUAUCUAACUCUGGACAUUCUUGCUAGUUUAUUUAAUGCGUUUUUCUUGGUGCACGACUCUGAAAAUCCGAAAUUUGGAUCGUUGAAUUCCCGUGCACGAUCAUAAUAUACUUACAGGGCCGCCCAGAGGUUGGCGGGGGCCCGGGGCAAAUUUUUUUUAGGGGCCCCUAUGUAAAAAAAUUUUUCCGGAAAAAUUUUUUUUCCGGAUAACAACCUCCCCCCCCCCCCCUCUGGGCGGCCAUGUAUACUUAAUCUGAAUAUAAACGAGCCAAAGACAAUUUCAAGGUAAAAGAUUAUAACGUAAACUGCACAACGUAGUUUUAGUUAAUAACGACUUUAUGAGAAGCAUAUUGGUGUCAUAUCAAUAGAAAAUUUAUCGAACAACAGUCCGUGAAAACUGUAGUGUACUCAGUGCGAAAUAUGAUAUUGUGUUUGUAAUGCCUAUUAAUGGCGCAAUAAGGAUAAAAAUACCACCAUUCGAUUCAGCGUAAGAAAUUGUACUUACAGAUGUCAAAUGUAUUACUAAACACCAGUAUUACUAAACACCAUAGCCUUUGAAAAUCAAGCGAAAUUGUAUUGUUAGAUAUUCAGACAGUACAUCAUAUUUUAAAAAAUACAGCAGUUCAAAAUGUAAACAAACCGUUUGUUUACAUUACGAACUUGACUUCCACUUUAAUAUACGCACGUAAAACUUUAAAUCUGUUUAAAUGUUACUUAUAAAAUAACCAAAUAAAUAAAGCAACAGAAUUUACUGCUCCGCAAGUUUUAGUAUGAAUUGUUAAAGCCUGGUUCUCAUAUGCCUGCGGUAUGCCUGCGACUGUAUCAUUAUGCCUCUACUUGCCGCCGAAAUACCGGCAAAGUUGAACUCAAGUCAACUUUCCCGGCCUACCGCCGAUGGAACAAAUGUUCACAUAAUUUACGUUUUAAAGCUAGCACCGGUAUCGUCGCCGGUACGUCGCAGGCAUACUGUAUAUGUGAACCAGGCUUAACUUAUUUGUAAAAUAUUUAAAAAUAGAAGGAUUCAAAGUUUUACGUGCGUGUACGUGCGUACGAAAAACGCAACAGUGGAAAUCAGCCUUUAGAUCUUAACAGUAUUAAAUGUGCGUCAGUUGUAUAGCCCCAGCGAGUUAACGCUCCAUAGAGCGUCUUGUUUAGUUGUAAUAAGGCUAUAUACACUGCAUGGAUGUUGCUUUUUUCAGGAAACCUACACACUCCAAUUGAAACUCCAAGUUUUAAGUCGCUUAAUGUUCAACUCAGGUGAAUAAUUCGUAUUUUUAUACAGUUGAACAGUUAUGAUGCAUGCACUCUUUGCAUCCUGUAUAUUUAUUCAAUGUAAAGUGAAAACGAGCCCUGCAUGCCAUUCAGAAAAAGCUUCGACGAACAAAAUCUAUAGUUCUAUAGAAACAAAAUGCGACAAGUAUGCUCACGCACAGGUAUUGUCAGGUUGGAAAAUUAUAUAAUCUAGCAGAAUAGAUCUGUCUGAAUGGUUAAUGGCAUGGAAUAGAAUGGUCGAUGGAAUAGAAUAGAAUGGAAUAGAAUAAAUUAAAUAGACUGGACUGGACUAGCCGAAUGGUAUGGUAUAUGGUAUGGUAUGGUAUGGUAUGGUCAGAUGGGAUGGUAUGGUAUGGUAUGGUUUAGUGUGGUAUGGUGUGGUAUGGUAUAUGGAGACUAUUAGAUCCUUAGGUAUUAGAACUACAUGCAUGAACAUGCAAUGUAUAUAGGUCGGUAAUUUUAGGUUAAGAUGAACGCAUAUUUACUGUAGCAUUUCGCAUACAAAAUAUAUGUAAUAGACAAUUCCCAUUAUAGACUAAUUUUAAAACUAGGCGGCAAGGAGAUGCAAAUAAAUCACCACAGCUAGAAAGAGCAUACUAAAAUUAGUAAAAUACAAAAUUUGGUAGCGAAAUGUUGUAAAAUGUGGAAAAUAUAUAGCCUUGCAAAGUUUGCAAAUUUUGUAUACUUUUGUAUUGCGUGCGACCAUUUUCGGCCUAAAUGUGGUAGGAAUGUGGUAGGAAUUUCCGCAAGCAAUACAAAAGUAUACAAAAUUUGCGAACUUUGCAAGGCUAUAUUUUCCUCAUUUUACAACAUUUCGCAACCAAACUUUGUAAUUUUACUAAUUGUAGUAUGCUCUUUCUAGCUGUGGUAAUUUAUUUGAGUUUCCUUGCCUAAUUUUAAAAUUAGUCUAUAAUGAGAAUUGUCUAUUAAUUGCUUCAUUUUACAGAGUAAAACUUGAUCUUUACGCCAAUGUUGUUAAAUGCAAGUCGUUUGAAAACAUCAAAACGAGGUAGGACAAUCUUUAUUAAUAAACUGUGCCCAAUAAAAUGUUUUGUUGUUAUUGUUCACUCGGUAAUCUUUCUGCUAGCGCGCGGGUCUGGAAAUUAUGAAAUACUCACUCGAGAACAUUUUCAACUUUAAAACAGGAUCUGAGAUAGACUUAACCAGGUUUUGCUGAAACUGCAUUUUACUUUCAGACAUCAGAAUGUUGAUCUCGUGAUGAUCAGAGAGAAUACAGAAGGAGAAUACAGUCAUUUGGAACACGAGGUAACACAGAAUGUUAUUAAGUAAUCGUAUUAAUAGUUGAAAUAAAAAUCUGACCUAUUUCAUACUUUUGUUGCAACUAUAUAAAUUUUAGUAUAGCUUUAGUUUAGCCAAUACCACUGCCAAAAUAAUCAGAAUAAGGCUUCCAAAACCCCCUUUGCCCUCAUCCCUGAUAAUUGUAAUGUUAUGUCUGGCCAUCGUAUAGUAUCAAGACAAUAAUAAUGCCAUGCACCAAAUAAGGAUAUGCUUUUUUAUUUGCUGGAUUACGGAUUUUGCCAGUAUUAAAGGUGCAUGCAUGCAUGAGGGCGAGAAAAAGAAGGAAUUGUGCAAUAUUCGGUCAUGUUUCCAAUUCCACGUGUUUCACGCACACAUCACGUGGCAUACCCAUGAGUGACAAUUACGUGUUGAACGUUUAGCUUGCAACCCAGUCUGACUUGAUUCCUGCAUGCUUUUCAUCAUUUAAUUUAUAUUUUUUUCGUUUUGCAUGUGAAUGGUUUCGAACGAAUACAUACAAUUUUAGACCUAACUUGGAGCAGUUGUGAAAAAUGCAACUUUAUAGGCCGUCCAGCAGGAAUCGAACAUGCGUCCCUGCGAGCUACUAAACUACAGAGUUCAUCAACCACAAGUUCUUGUAUAUAUAUAUUAAGGUGAUGCCAGUGUCAGCCUGUCAGGUACUAUAUAUCUACUAAAUAUCAUGAUGUAGGCAUCUCUUUUCAAGAUUGUGGACAUCUUCGAAAUGGAAAAUUUGCACGUUUCAUUUCCGAUACCUUCACGUGUUUUUUAUUACUAUUCUAGAACGUUCCUGGUGUUGUUGAGAGUCUUAAGAUAAUGACUGAAGAAAAAUGCUCCAAAAUUGCAAAGUUUGCGUUCGAGUAUGCUAGAAAUAAUGGAAGAAAAAAGGUCACCUCUAUUCAUAAAGCUAACAUAAUGUAAGAUAUUGAAUGUAUAAUUUCGCCAUAAUUUUUACAACCCAUGCAGUGAACAAUAUAAGUACUAGCACUACAACGGUAUAUUUUGUUAUUUAAUCUUAUAUAGGAAACUUGGCGAUGGUCUUUUCCUACGGUGUUGUGAUGAAGUAUCACGUGAUUAUCCUGAUAUUGAAUACAACUCUAUGAUCAUCGACAACUGUUGCAUGCAGGUGACGCCUGUUGCAUGCAUAAUUAGCUAGUAAUUUAAUAGUUGUAGAAUGAGUCCCUUGAAGUGCUUAUGUAUGGUAAAGAAAUUCAAAAUGACUUCUCUUCACCAUAAUAGUAUAAUACCAAGGUAUAAUUCAACUUUAGCAUGUUCGUGUGUGUUAGAUAUUGAGUUUAGCGAUAACAUUUUUACACAGCAACAAAAUCCAGGCUUUUAUUAGCUGUCCAAUGAUACUUUUUUUGAAAUGGUAUAAAGGAAAAUGACCAAAUACGAGUCGAAUAAAUUGCCGGUCGAAAUCGCAUUUUUCCAAUUAUUGAAAAUAAAUCUCAUUUGGAUAAAAAAUUCAUGAAUUUUGAUUUAAAAACCCCGAACAUAUGGAUAAAAUUAAGAAAUUGUUGACGAAUGUGGUCACUCAGUUUUGUUUCAAGCUAUUGUUUGGAAAGACACAUCAGCUAGUAUUUGCUCAUUUUUUCUUGGAAUAAUACAAAACAAGGUGCCAUUCAAAAGCUAAAACCUGAUCGUUAUUAUAUAAAAAAAAUUUGGAUUACCUUUGUUGAUACACCCGACGGAGGGCCUUCGCUCGAAACGUCGAAGUUCUCCUUUUUAUUUUUCAGGUAGUUCCUUCCUUUCAAUCCAGAGUUUUCUUAUUAUACACUCUUUCGAUAAUUACGUCACACAUACUUUUUGGUCUUGGAGCCUCGCUCUCAUUAGUAAAUCACGCAAGGUGAUUGGCUCACGAUUCAUGAGAGCGAGGCUCCCAGGCCAAAUGACGUAAUUAUCGAAAGGGUGUAUUGGCACACUAGCACAGUCCGUUCAAGAUAAUGACCUAUAUGAGCCUACUUGUCACUCUAUAUAUAUAGACAAUGGCUUGUGUGCAUCAUUCACUACGAGCUAUGACAUUUACCUUGGUUACUAUAUAACCUGAAUUAAAAAGAUUGUGUGAUAUCACAGUUAAGCUAAGAAAGAUCGAAGAAAGAUCUUACGUGAUCAUAUUGAUUUUUUACCACGCAAGCAGUUAUAAAAAAUUGGUGCAAGAUUGUCUAUGCAAAAUGAUUAUUGACAACCUGCCUUAUUGUUUUAAUUAUCCAGCUUGUUGCAAAUCCAGAACAGUUUGAUGUGAUGGUGAUGCCUAAUUUAUACGGAAAUAUUGUCAGUAAUAUAGCGACAUCUUUGGUUGGUGGGCCUGGCUUGGUGCCAGGAGAGAAUGUUGGUGAUAACUACGCUUUAUUUGAAUCAGUACGUGUUGUUUUUUAACUUGUUCCUUUCUCAUUUUUAAUUUAAUGCCUAUAUGUAUACCAUGCACCCUUAAUUGUACCAAGACAUCUCGACAUUACAGUAUAUCAGUGGAAUUAUUAUAUCUUUGUUGUAUUAAAGUACCACUGAUGUCAAGAAUCUUUAUUGUCGUAUAAUAAUAAUUUGUGUCUUGUUUUCUUUAAAUAACUCGUAUCUUGACUUUACAAGAUGGCAAUAUUAUUCGGAGUAUUUUUUUCUUAUAUUUUUUGUCCUAUGUUAAAGACCUUUUAAAAUGUUAAAGAAAAAUGUUCGUUUCUUGCAUGACCCUUGCUUGAGAUAUUUCAGUUUGUUUGAUAUAUGCGAGUAUCCGAAUUACCUCACCCAUAAUUAUAGAGAAUGUGACUUAUUGUAUAAAUAUCUGAAAUAUCAUGCAUGUAAUGCAAUGUAUAACAAAAAGAUGUACAUUUAGCUAAACUACUCUCGUACAGAAAUAUUUUGGGGCUUUGAAGCGCGACGGAAAGAGGUUUGCAUGCCAGUAGCGUGUAUCUGUGAUCUACAUACAGAACAACACAUGCACAUCAUCAUCACAGCGUCAUUAGACGGAUUGUACUCCGAUUAUUAUAUAGUUAUAAGAAGAUUAUAUAUGCAAAACAGUGACGAAGCCAGCCCGACAAUUUGGUCAUGCUAUGCAAAUACUUCUAAUUUCGAAAGAAAUGAAUAAUGAUUUAAAAUUUGCAUAGCAUGACGAAAUUGUCGGGCUGGCUUCGCCACUGAUACAAAAGAUUUAGGUUUACUCUUUUUACAUUGAGGCAUUGACCUUAAAGACCUGGGACCCCGGUUGAACGAAGCCCGGAUAGCGCUAUCCACUGGAUAGUGAUCUUAAUUUUCAACCUUUGAAAAAUGAGACCUGAAAAGCUGUGAGACAAUGAAUAUGAAAACAUAUUAAUUUUUAAAUACAAAACUUAAAUAUGGGUUUUACCAAUCGACGACCAAUUUUAGAAAGCUUGAAAAUAUAACUAUAUUUGGUAGAUAACGCUAUUAGAAUUAUUACUAUGCAGCAAACCGGCCCCAUGUGUUGUGAACAGCUUACUGACUUUACUUUUACCCUAGUUAACCCACAUUUUGCUACAUUAUAUAAUAUAUCAAUUGUACUUGUGGUAGUGUUCCGUAAGAUUUUUCUGAGUUAAAUAGGCUUGAACUAAAAAACUCAACGGUUAUUUUUACAUUUUGAGCGUAGGCUCGAAAAUUAAAAUUAAAAAUGUUUUUGUUUUUCAGGGAACACGAAACACAGGUGCAGAUUUAGUUGGGAAGAAUAUUUCUAACCCAUUUGGAUUUUUGUUUGCUAGUACGCUUAUGUUGCAGCAUGUUGGGUAUGAUUUUGUGCAUUCGUUUAAAUUUAAUUACCAAUAUCGUAGACCAAGAAGAACUUCCAAGCGAAUGAUAUAUUAGCUCUAACAGGGUUAUUAAAUGAGUUAGUUUCAGACGGGAAAAGUCGCGAAAACUUUAAUAAAUUAUUCGAGGAUUUUAACUGUAUAUUAAUAUUUUUUAUUGUAGGUUUAAAGCUCAUGCUUCUGUCAUCAACAACGCCAUUUUCAGAGUAAUUUCUGCUGGUCAGGUAAACUUUUAUAUACCUUCACUUUUUCAUACCUUCUUUAUUUUGUGCUGAACACAAGGACAAACAAGACGUUUGGCUCAAAAAUAUAUACAAGUCUCACUUAUCAUGCAAAAAUAUGUUUUGUGUUUAGUAUUAUUUACCGACCUCACUCGUACAUAUGAAAACAUGCAUUUAAACCAAAGUGGGUGCAUUAGAGUGAACUGGAACCCAAUUACAGUGGUUAAAAACCUAGUUCUUUUUAUCUGAUUGCAUCCAUUACUCCAGUAUCGAGAAUUAUUUGGACGGAACUACCUAAUAUUAAAUACAUGCAAUGAGCAUAUAGUCUUGUAAGUAAUUUUUAAUUUAUUUACAGUUUACGGAUUUGGCCAUUUUGUUUCGUUUUCUAGCAUUUAACUCCUGAUAUUGGUGGGACAAGUUAUACCACAGAUUGUUUGAAAGCGUUAAGAGAUGAACUUGAUAAAGAACUACCUCUAGAUGUAGUCAUGUACGAGUAAACACCAUGGGUCUUAAUAAACUUCGUGUAAAUGAACCAAUGUAUAUUUCAAACACUAUACAUGUGACAGCCUGGUGUAAAUAAUCUUAUGAAUUGGAAUCUUCAAUAUGAUUUCUAUCCUAAAACGGCUUCGUAUACAGAUGAUUGAAAAGUUGGAGGCUAUAAACUUAAGAAAGUAUGACGGCUAUACGACAACGGCCUAAUGCACACGAACUACCUGAAUGCAAGACGGUAAAUUAAAAUUUGUCCAGCACCAUUAUCCUGGAUUUUCAUAAAUCAUUUAGUAGAAUAUAAUUCUGAAUAAUCCUCAAUUCUGAAAUGUGAAUGUAUUAAUCAUCAAAUGGUAUUAUAGAUAAUGUGAAUUGAAAUGCUUACGUCUGCGAUGUAUAGGCCUACACAUUUAAAUGGGGAUUUUCGUGAAGAAAAUCCCGCUUUGCGUUGGUCGAACAUAUGAAACUACAGUAUGCAUGUCUAUGACGAAAUCAUCGUCUAAAAGUGUUUUAAAAACACUUUAUUUAUUUUUUUAUUUAUUUAUUUUUUUUACAUACAUGCAUCUACCUGUAUACUGGCAUGCAUUGUUCGUGGUUGAAUUACCAUUGCGCUUUGUCAGCCGCUUACUUGUUUCUCAUUAUUAUUAGUAAAGUUUAACUUUUCAACAAUUAAAAUUGUUUUCAACAAUAAAAAAUAAAAAAAAUAAAAAAAUUAAAAAAAAAAAAAAUUUAAAAAUAGCAUGGUUUCGAGUGCAAUUUGGAUAUAACAUGCACGAGUGAGCUUUGAAAAACUCACGAGUGCAUGUUUAUCCAAAUUUCACGAGAAACCAUGCUAUUAUACUUAUUAAUAAUUUACAUAAAAGUAUUCGAGACAAUCAAAUUUGAACUUGACCAAGUGUGGGAAUCUUUCGGCACCGCCUAAAUGCGGCCAUGUUUGUUUUCAAAAAAAGAAUAUUUUUUAAAUUUUCCCGCCAAAACUCAGCUCAAUUUUGGUUGGUUUAUAGUGAUUACAGAAACGUGCACUGUGAUUACAGAAAAUUGCACCGUGAUUACAGAUUGUUGCGCUGCUGUUUGGGAUUAACUGUACUGAAAUCAACCAAUCACAGACGAGUAAUACUUUUUUGUGGUAGGUUCGAUUCCCACCGUGGCCAGGCAUAUUUUUCAAGCUUGCCCGGUGUGGAAAUACACUCAGAGUAACAUCACAAACAUCGUAUUCACCUCAGUACAUUACACCAACACAUGCAGAUAUUAACAAAGUUGCAAACUGCAACUCUGUAGAUUAUGCAAAGGUAAGGUGUUGUAGAGUUGAUAAAACAUGCUUUGAAAUAGAAACGCUACACAGGCUCCAGCCAAAAUGACGUGCUUUCCGAGUUUCCGGUCCACAUGCUAACAGGAUGUCAGUUUGGUUGAUGACCCAAAUGGUCAAUUAACGUUGCAUUCAUUACAUUUUCAAAUUCAUUUAUUUAUCCCGACCUUAAAUCUAUAACACUUUCCCCUCACAUAGAGCGUUUGCUGUUUGCACUCAUUCCCCAGGGUGGUGUUCCAGACAAAAGAGUCUAAUUAAAAUUCUUUUGAAUUGGAACACCAACACGGCGGCUGUGACGUCAUGUGCAAACGCUCUAACCACAUGUUAUAUAUGCACCACAAAAUGUAUACAUGCGUUUUGACAAUGUAUAUAUUCUCCAAGUUUUUUGCAGCCAAGAACAUCAAGUUAGUGAACUGAAAGUUAUCCAUAAACCCUACUUAUAGUGUCAACGAAUUACCUUAGAGUUUCGUGUCCUUUACACGACGACUUUUUGACGGCGUCUCUGCACCUGUACUGGUGCCUCUGGAUGAACUAAAUAUUAAGGUGUUGUAGAGUUCAUAACACUUUCUUUGAAAUAGAAACGCUGCACAGAUAAACAAACCUUGGAAACUGACGAAAAUAAUAAACAGAUACUCAAAAGCGCCAGUUUCCGUUUCCACGGCAACCUGGAGCAGUCCAAACAACCAUGUGAAUCCCAUCAAAGUUGAUAAUUUGAGGCAAACUUUGACGUUCUGCAUUUGACGUUUCUUUGCUUCCUUUCCAAGGGCUUUG